AUGGCCAGUAAAACCAAGGCCAGCGAGGCCCUAAAGGUGGUGGCCCGGUGCCGCCCCCUCAGCCGGAAGGAGGAGGCUGCUGGUCACGAGCAGAUCCUGACCAUGGACGUGAAACUGGGCCAGGUGACCCUGCGGAACCCCCGCGCUGCCCCAGGGGAGCUGCCCAAGUCCUUCACCUUUGAUGCCGUGUACGAUGCCAGCUCCAAGCAGGCGGACUUGUAUGAUGAAACCGUGAGGCCCCUGGUAGACUCGGUGCUUCAGGGUUUCAAUGGCACGGUGUUUGCCUACGGCCAGACGGGCACUGGCAAGACCUACACCAUGCAGGGGACCUGGGUGGAGCCCGAGCUGCGCGGGGUCAUCCCCAAUGCCUUUGAGCAUAUCUUCACCCACAUCUCUCGCUCCCAGAACCAGCAGUACCUGGUCCGGGCCUCCUACCUGGAGAUCUACCAGGAGGAGAUUCGAGACCUGCUCUCCAAGGAGCCUGGCAAGAGGCUAGAACUGAAGGAGAACCCGGAGACCGGCGUCUACAUCAAGGACCUCUCCUCCUUCGUCACCAAGAAUGUCAAGGAGAUUGAGCACGUGAUGAACCUGGGGAACCAGACCCGGGCAGUGGGCAGCACUCACAUGAAUGAGGUCAGCUCCCGCUCCCAUGCCAUCUUUGUCAUCACGGUGGAGUGCAGUGAGCGUGGCUCAGAUGGUCAGGACCACAUCCGUGUGGGCAAGCUCAACCUGGUGGACCUGGCUGGCAGUGAGAGGCAGAACAAGGCAGGCCCCAACACAGCCGGAGGGACGGUCACGCAGUCCACGGGGAGUGGCGGUGGUGGUGGUGGUGGUGGUGGUGGUGGUGGAGAGAGGCCUAAGGAAGCCUCCAAAAUCAACCUCUCACUGUCUGCCCUGGGCAACGUGAUCGCUGCUCUGGCAGGGAACAGGAGCACUCACAUCCCUUACCGGGACUCCAAGCUGACCCGGCUGCUCCAGGACUCUCUGGGGGGAAACGCCAAGACCAUCAUGGUGGCCACCCUGGGGCCAGCUUCUCACAGCUACGACGAGAGCCUCUCCACCCUGCGCUUUGCCAACAGGGCCAAGAACAUCAAGAACAAGCCCCGGGUGAACGAGGACCCCAAGGACACUCUGCUGCGGGAAUUUCAGGAGGAGAUCGCCCGCCUGAAGGCCCAGCUGGAGAAGAAGGGGAUGCUGGGAAAGCGGCUCCGGAGGAAGAGCAGCCGCAGGAAGAAGGCUGUGUCAGCCCCAGCCGGGUACCCUGAGGGGCCAGUGAUAGAGGCCUGGGUGGCUGAAGAGGAGGAUGGCAACAACAACAACCACCGUCCGCCCCAGCCUACCCUGGAGUCAGCCUUGGAUAAGAACAUGGAGAAUUACCUGCAGGAACAGAAGGAGCGUCUGGAGGAAGAGAAGGCGGCCAUCCAGGAUGACCGCAGCCUCGUGAGUGAGGAGAAGCAGAAGCUGCUGGAGGAAAAGGAGAAGAUGCUGGAAGACCUAAGGCGGGAGCAGCAGGCCACAGAGCUGCUCGCAGCCAAGUACAAGGCCAUGGAGAGCAAGCUCCUCAUCGGGGGCAGGAACAUUAUGGAUCACACCAAUGAGCAGCAGAAGAUGUUGGAGCUGAAGAGGCAGGAGAUUGCGGAGCAGAAACGCCGUGAACGGGAAAUGCAGCAGGAGAUGAUGCUCCGAGAUGAAGAGACCAUGGAGCUCCGGGGCACCUACACGUCCCUGCAGCAGGAGGUGGAGGUCAAAACCAAGAAACUCAAGAAGCUCUACGCCAAGCUGCAGGCGGUGAAGGCAGAGAUCCAGGACCAGCAUGAUGAAUACAUCCGCGUGCGGCAGGACCUGGAGGAGGCGCAGAAUGAGCAGACCCGGGAGCUCAAGCUCAAGUACCUAAUCAUCGAGAACUUCAUCCCCCCUGAGGAGAAGAACAAGAUCAUGAAUCGGCUUUUCCUGGACUGCGAGGAGGAGCAGUGGAAGUUCCAGCCGCUCGUGCCAGCUGGAGUCAAUAACAGCCAAAUGAAGAAACGGCCAACGUCAGCCGUGGGCUACAAGAGGCCUAUCAGCCAGUAUGCUCGGGUUGCUAUGGCAAUGGGGUCCCACCCCAGGUACAGGGCUGAAAACAUAAUGUUUCUGGAGCUGGAUGUGUCCCCUCCAGCUGUCUUUGAGAUGGACUUCUCUCAUGACCAAGAACAAGACCCCCGUGCACUACACAUGGAGAGGCUUAUGCGGUUGGACAGCUUUCUGGAAAGACCCUCCACAUCUAAAGUUCGGAAGUCCAGGUCCUGGUGCCAGAGUCCUCAGCGGCCUCCACCCUCUACCACACACGCCUCACUGGCCUCCGCUGCUCUGCACCCCACAACAGUGCUAGACCAUGAGUGACAACCUUCAGUCAGGCUGCCCAUCCAAGAGCCUCCUGGGCUGGGGAGCCAAGCCUGGAUCAUCUCACCUGACGCUCAGUGUGCGUGCGUGUGUGUGCAUGUGCGUGUGCGUGUGUGUGAGGGGGCGAGCAUCUGGCAGACCACGUCUCUGCCUGCUCAUCUUAGCCUCCUUUAUUUAAUUAAUGUUAUUUAUUUGUGGAGCUCAGCUGUGGGGGGAGAUGCCUUCACCUGAGCCUGCCGUGGCCACUGCAUAGCCUCCUUUCCUUCUGACUUUAGACCCCCGCCAUGUCAGACCUCAAGCUCCUCCCUGUCAGCUGCUCCCAGAAGGGAAGGUAGCCAGUGCCUGAGAAGAGAGUACUUUUUCUACCUGUCUCUCUCCAUAAUCUCCAUCUCCUCCUAUGCCGACGGUGAGCAGUUCUUAAGCACUUUCUGGGACUAGAAAAAUGCUAGAUGUCCACAAAGGACAAGACAUGUCCUGACAGUGUCAGGCCGAUGCUCCCAGGGAAAAGAGCCCUGCACUCAAGCGUCUGGACCUCAGACAACCUCUGUUGGCCUCUUGGGCUCCUUUUCAAGGACUUAUGUGACCUCACCGACACAGCCAUGCUCUUUGGCUUUGGCAAGAACUCAUGGCUUACCAAACUCUGCUUCCUGGCCACCUUCCCAACCCUUGGAUGGGAAUUGUGAACCAACCAGUUGCUGCCUGCUCAGGACCUGCAGGAAAUGAAACAGUAAUGGGACAACAUGGACAGUCAUCAAAGGAAGUCCCUUCUCUGAGUCCCUUUGUUUCUGUUCCCUCUGAGAAGUAACUGGGGUCAACGAGUGAUCAAGCCAACACCCCGUUUUUGAGACGCUGCUCCUUCCUGCUUUGGUCACUUUCCUCCGCAGCUGCCUGGAUCCCAGUUCAUAGUGGGAGCAAUCAAUGUCAUUCUCCCCCUGGCUAAACAAAGGUAUUGGAAUCUGUUGCUUCCCCCUUCAUUUAUCACAGGAGACAGGGACCCAGGCACAAUUUAUCAACCUUGCCUAUUACUCCUGUUUCUGCAUCACAUUUGUUGAGCACUAUUUUGUUGAAAACUGAUCCUUUUUCUUUGGCAUUGUAUAAAUUGGUCCCUGGGGAAGUACUCCUCGCCUCCCUUUGUGACAUACCAAGAUGUCUCCAGGUUAUCUCAAAUAAUAAGUAAAUUUCUACCAAAAAAAAAAAAAA